GGCUAAAGCCAAGGAAUUAAAAAAAGUUUCACAAAAGGUACAAGAAUUAAGUAAUAAAGUUAACGAAUUAAAAACUCGCACCGAUAAUUUGGAAAAAAUUACCAAGAAAACCAAGAAAGAACCUUUCCUCAAAGUUUUUGCGAUAAUGUUCAUGAAUAAUUUCCCCCCAGUAGCCACCGCCUUAAUAGCAGACAAAAAAGGCCUAGAAAAAGGAGAAAGCCAUGUAGAAGCCUUAAAAAGAGAAGUUAAGGAAGAAACUGGUUUAGAAGUUAAAAAAAUAGGUGAUUUAGUGUUUAGAUUUAUUGAUAAGGAAAGCAGGUUUGACAUUUAUUUUUAUGAAGUGAAAGCGGUAGGUAAGCCAAAAGCGAAAGAACCGGAUAAG